AUGCCCGAAUACCGCGUCGAGGUCUCGCCGAACAACCGCGCCGGCUGCACCGAUGGCGUGUGCAAGAAGGCCGCCGCCAAGUGCGUGAAGGGUUCCCUCCGCUUCGGCACCUGGACCAAGAUCAUGGAUCAUGAGGCCUUCAAGUGGAAGCAUUGGGGUUGCGUCUCCGGCGAGCAGAUGGCGCAGGUCAGGACGCUCUGUGAGAAGGGCGACGGUACAUUCGACUUUGACGCCUUUGACGGCUACGAGGAGAUGAAUGACCACCCGGAUCUCCAGGCCAAGAUCCGCAAGGCCGUUGAGCAGGGCCACAUUGACCCUGAUGACUUCAACGGCGACCCUUGGAUGAACAAGACCGGCCAGCGCGGCAUCCGCGGCAAGAAGCCCAAGGACUGGGAUGAUGGCGAGGACGCCGACGAGGCCGAGGAGGAGGCCCCUGCCAAGGGCAAGAAGCGCGGUCGCAAGUCCGCCGCUGCCGCUGCCGCGGAAGACGAGGAAGAGGAGAAGCCCAAGGCAAAGCGUGCCAAGAAGGCCAUCGCCAAGCCCGAUCCCGAGGAUGAGGACGAGAAGCCGAAGCCCAAGGCCAGGCGUGGCAAGGCCGCUGCUGCUGCUGUCAAGGCCGAGGACGAGGACUCCGAGGAGGAUGCUCCCAAGCCCAAGCGCGGUGCCGUCAAGAAGGCCGCCGCCCCCAAGAAGACCGCGGCAAAGAACCCCGCCGCGAAGAAGGCCAAAGCCGUGGUUGACGACGAGGGAGUUUCCGAGGCCGAUAUCGUCACCGCGUCUGAGGAUGACGAGGAGGCGGAGCCUGCGCCGAAGAAGGCCAAGGCGGCGUCCAAGGGCCGCAAGAAGGCUGCUGCUACUCCCGCUGCCGAGGAGAAGCCCAAGUCCGCUCGUGCCAGCCGUUCCCGCAAGUAA